CUCGUGCCUUAACACGGUGCAAAGUUGGCGACUCAUUGUGUCGACAACAAAACGAUUUUAUACGGCAGAUCACAUCGACCAAGGGAAAACGACUUUGAUCAAAUUCUGCCUUCAUUUUACACAGAGUAGCUGUUAUAACGCGCUUUUACUGUAAUCGAAGGCAGAAGCCUACAACACUACCACUGACGUCAUGAUUAUCAUUUUUCUAAUUUUUAUGUUAUCUUCAACUUUCAGCCGAUCGGAAAGCCAUAUCAGGGCUGUCAAUACCAUUGCAAAUCCAUAUCCAGACGAUACGAGAUUGCACCGACUAACCGAACCAUUAGGUGAUCACGAAACCUACGCAGCGACAGUUAGUCUUUGCUCAAACGGUUCACGAUAUGACGUUUUCGACACCAACAACACAGGCGCUGACGACAGCGAAAAUGUCCAAAAGCGGCGCGCUUAUGCAUUUUUUCUGCGCGGAUAUGAACCUCUGGCAUUCUACUCACGACCCAAGCGGGACAUCCCUGCAAUGCAGUAUAAAGAAUUCCUUAACAUUUCGAAGUUUAUCGGUCUCCAUCGGGUUGCCCUGCCACAAAAUAACCUGAGCGUUCCGGAACUCGAAGAAGCACUAACAUACGCCUGGUCACCCAGUUUCGAAAAAAGCAAUUUGACUGCGAAACGCGUUCAAAUCGUAAAACUGGGGGAUACGUGGGAUGAUUUUACUAGCACCGGGUCACCUGUUGUGUCAGUCAUCUAUAUUCUGCCGGCGAAUAAGCUUCCUUCACCCGGUGAUUACACGCCUAGAUUCAAACCUACGCAGAAGCUAUCGUUCCUGGAGCUGCCAAAAAUUUCCCCUCCUUCCGCCGAAACUUUCUGGCAGCGGCUGGGGGAAAAAGGCUUAACACCCGCCACUGGGAAAGUCUUCACUAAUGCCGCCCCUUAUCAUACCUCCGCGACAACAUAUUAUCUUGCGGCGGGAAACAGUUCGACAUCCGGGGAUUUUGAUACUGAUCAGUUGCAAUCUGAUCAAAAGGCUAUAAUCCUGCGAAAUAGAGUGGAGCAAAAUUGUGGCGAGGACGGAACCAGCAAUGCACAACUGCAUUUUGCCCCAUUUGAACCAGCGAUAGCCAUCAACAGAUCAAAUGGCGCAUUUUCGGAAAUAAGUGUUCUGCCGUUUUCUUUCGUGGCGACCGUCAAGCAAAGGAUAUAUCAAGAAACAAUGGGCGUAUCCAACUUGGAAGCAGAUGGCGCGGGCCGCUACUACAGAUACGACCCAGAUGCCCAAAGCCGAAAGGGGAAUCGUAUCCCCUACCUGCCAGAAUUCCCCAUCAUGCGAGCCCAUUCCUUCCGAAUGUAUACGAAUCUGCCGAUUAGCAUCCAGUUGCUACCAGAACUGGAAACAUUAAUGACAGACCGUCUCAAUGCCGACACUGAUUUAAAAGGAAAAGGAUCCGUGCAAGUGCGUCUCUGGAACUUCGACCCGGAAGGGCUAGCUGUCAACUUCUUCGUCUACUUCAACACCGGCAUAUUUGAGGAGAAAGCCGUUCUCGAUGGUCGGCUUUCCUACGCACAGACCAUAUACUCUAAGCUAGAAGGGCUUACCUUAGACAAAAGGCAAUCGGAUGGCGAUUUCGUCGGGAAUGUUUUUAAGCUCAUCCGGGAGGAUCCGACAGAUCGCGUACUGCUAAGAGAUAUGAAAAAAUAUCUUUGUCAAACUAGCGUUGCUGUUAUUCCACAGCCGUACUGCCCGGUAAGAGCAGAGUUUAUUUUGCCCGUUGAACUUAUGGAACCGACGUCUUCCCGCUACGACGUAGUUGUAAAGGAAGGUUAUUACACAUCGAAAGAAAAAAUGUUGAAUACCGAUCGCGUUAUGGCCGCUGUCCAACAAGCUUUUGCCGAAGCCAACCCCAUAACGAUAGAUGACAUCACACUGACCAUCACUUUAAAUGGACGCGACGACGACGUCCACACGGUUGAGGGGGACGAUGUAUCGCGGUUCAAUUUCACCUUAUCGUAUCCAAAAAUGAACACCGGUGAUUACUGGAAGCUGUUUCGCUAUCCAGCACAAGAGGUCCUCAACAAGUAUCUGGAUCGUGUAGGAGCUCGAAUCGCCACAACUUGGACAUACUCGAUGCCUUUGACCGUUGACUUUCAGCUGUAAUUUUCAUGAGAACGAAGAGCAGUCGUGGGAAUGAAAUGGCGCGCAAUAACAAGUGUUAUGAUGCAGUAAUAAGUGAUAACUGAUAGUGAAUAAAGAAAACUGUGCACUGGUAUUUUACUAAACUUUAAAUAAAGCCUAUGCCGACUGUUAACAAUAACACGGAUAUAAAAGUGGGAUAAAUCUGAGAUUGGGUGAACUCCUAUCAUAAAAUUC